UGCCACGUGGCAGUAGAUUGAAAGGCUUGGUCUUCCCCCAUUCCCAACACCUAUAAACAAGCCGCUGUAUCCUCUCCUCCAUGACUGGAGGCUCCGUCUGUGAUCUCUCUCUCAACUUCCCUCUUCUCCAUUGCUCGCUGGCGCCGUUUCUUGAUUUCAUCUUCAUCUUCAUCUUCAUCCACGAUUUUCUUUUCGUUUUUCGAUUCUGUAUAAGCAGCAAGAAGAAGGAGACGUGAUGCUUAUGAUUCUGAGAGUUGCAAUCCAAUCCUCUUGUCCUCCAUUACUGUAGCCCGUUGCUGCUGCUGAUGUUUGUGAUCUAUUGCGGGUUUCUUGUUUUCAUCGUUAUCAUUAUCGACGGUUGUUCUCUUCAAAUGGAGUUUGGAUCUUCUGCGAUUCUGUAGACGGAGAGAGAGAGAUGUUGCAGAGAGCUGCAAGUAAUGCAUAUUCGUGGUGGUGGGCCAGUCACAUCAGGACCAAGCAGUCGAAAUGGCUCGAACAGAACCUCCACGACAUGGAGGAGAAGGUUGAUAGCAUGAUGAGAAUCAUCGAAGGCGAUGGGGAUUCUUUUGCAAAGAGAGCUGAAAUGUAUUACAGGCAGAGGCCUGAACUGGUAGAACAUGUCUCAGAAUCUUAUAGGGCAUAUCGAGCCCUAGCAGAGAGAUAUGAUCACCUAUCGAAAGAGUUUCAAGGAGCAAAUCGAACGAUAGCUUCAAUCUUUCCCGAACGAGUUCAUUACACGAUUGAUGACGACGACUGCGAGGUAGAAUUCUUCCCUCGAGAAUCUCCUUCUGCCAAUAGUCCUCACCAGUUUUCAAGCGAAUUGGACGGCUCGCCAAAACCAGGAAUUCCAGAGGUUCCAAAGUUUCCUGAGAGGGGUUUUAGAACUCCUUCCAUGAUAAAGAAGUCACAACUGAGGAGAAUUUCAAGCAGUUCUAGUAAUAGAGCUAUUUCAACUCCAAAAUCUGGGCUCAACAAAACUGAAGCACUGGAAGAAAUCGAUAAGUUACAGAAAGAAAUUUUGGCUAAACAAACCGAAAUGGAAUUUGUGAAGAGCUUGUACGAACGCGAGUGCGAGAAAUAUUUUGAGAUUGAAAACAGUAUCACAACGAUGCAAAAAAGAGUCUGCAACUUGCAGGACGAGUUCGGCAUUGGCACUGUUAUUGAAGAUAGCGAAGCUCGUACUUUAAUGGCAGCAACAGCUCUAAAAUCCUGCCAAGAAACUCUGACGAAAUUGCAACAGGAACAGGAGAAAACGGUUGAAGAAGCAAGACAAGAGAAGAACAGAAUCAAGUUUGUGGAUACAAAAUUUGAGAGCCUCAAACAUAAGUUCCUUCCAAAACCAACAGACCAUAACGAAUCCACAAAUUUACAGAAGGAUCUAACCACUGAACCUGAACUGAAAACCUCAGACCAACAUUUUGCUGCCAUGGGAGAAGAAAGACAAGCUAUAGAGCUCCUCGACCCCAAGAUCAGGGAUCUACUCAACAUGAAUUCAAACAGUUCAUUCACUAUUUCUGAGCUGGCUGAGAAGAUUGAUGAACUUGUAAAUAAGGUUGUGACACUUGAAACUGAAGUUUCUUCUCAGACAUCUCUUGUAAAAAGAUUAAAAUCAGAAACAGAUGUGCUCCAAGCAAAUGUGCAGCAAUUGGAAGAGGAGAAGGGGAGUCUGUUGGAAAGUUCAGAGAUCAUGAAGAAGAGGAUAAAAGAAUUGGAGGAGGAAUUGGCCAGAGUCAAAAGCCUAAACCAGAAUGUAGAAAUACAAAACAACAAUCUUCAAACCAAAUUCACCGAAGCAAGUUGUGAUCUCGACCACUUAUCUGGCAAGUUGCACACCAUGAAUAUGGAUGAGGAGGUCGAAAGUUCCGACUUCUUACUAGACGUGAUGGCAGCCGAUCCCGAUGUGAUGGCGUCCGCCGCUGCCAAGGAAAAAACCGAUAAACUGGUUCCUGAUGCUGAGACAACAUUCUCAACAGACUCAGAAUUGGAGGGGAGGAAAGAUGAAACUCUGAAGAAUCUCAUUGAUGAGGAACAGAAACAAUCAAUUUCAGGUGAAAAUAAGGCAAAUGAAUCAAUGCAGGAGGAAAAUCAUGAGAGAUCACAGCCUCAAACAGAAGAUACUCUUCUUGAAAUGGAGGAGGCAAAUGAAUUGGGAUCAAAGGAGGAACAAAAACAUCCAACCUUGAGGCAGCUGUUCUUGAAAGGAUUAGAAGACAGAGAGAGGCUUUUACUGGAGGAGUAUACUUCAGUGCUGAGGGACUAUAAAGAUGUAAGAAACAAGUUGAGCGAAGUCGAACAGAAGAACCGCGAUAGCAUCUUCGAAUUGGCGAUGCAGGUUAAAGAAUUGAAAGAUGCCAUUUCCACAAAAGACGAUGUUAUAAAAUCAUUGGUGAAUAAUGCUGAAACAAAUGCAGAAUCUGAGAAUAAUGCAACAGAUGUGGACCAGGAGCAGCCCCAAGAAAGCAUUCAUGAUGCUCCUAGCUCGAUGUACUCUGAAUCCCCAUCUCCAUAUAUAGCUCGAGUUACGAUUGGCGAUUUGUAUGGUGAACCAAGAACCGAGCCUGCAGACGAUAGAAGCCACAAACCAUUGAGGGAUUCAAGAAGCUUUGCAAAAAAAGAGAAUGAGAACAAGAAGUCAAAUGGGGCUGAUAAAUCAAUUGUCAUGUCACCCACAGAAGAAAGAUUCCGCUCCCAUAUCCACGGGCAACUGGAGAUGAAUCUCGAAUUCUGGCUGCGAUUUAGCACUACAGUCCACCAGAUUCAGAAGUUCCAAACUUCAAUCCAGGAUCUGCAAUCAGAGAUACAGAAGUUGAAAGAAAACCCCAAGCAAGAAGGAAGUGUGAAACAGAAUUCGAUGGAAUCCGAAGCCCGGCCGAUAUACACACAUUUGAGAGAGAUUCAAACUGAAUUAUCCCUCUGGUUGGAACACAGUGCAGUACUGAAAGAUGAACUAUCCAGUAGAUUCACAUCGUUAUGCGACAUACAAAACGACAUAUCAAGAAUCACAGAUGAAGGUUCAGAUGAAGAAAAUGCAGAACGAGAACUGAGUGAGUAUCAGGCUGCAAAGUUUCAAGGAGAAGUUCUCAACAUGAAACAGGAAAACAGGAAGAUCGAUGAUGAACUAAACGUGGGUCAGGGACGAGUACGUGUACUUCAGGUCCAAGUUGAGAAGGCUUUGGAAAAACUCGACCAAGACUUUGGCAUUUCAGCAGCAAAGAGCAUUCAAGCUCAGUCGAAACAAUCGCUAAGCCGAACGCGAAUUCCGCUACGGUCUUUCUUGUUUGGGGUUAAGUUAAAGAAGCAGAAGCCAUCACUGUUUUCAUGUGUAAGUCCUCAACUAGAGAAACAAUAUAGUGAUCUAGCCAAUGGGCCCCUACCCCAGUGAUGAGCUCUUCUUUUGGGGGUGUAAUUUCCUGAGAUAUCAUGAAACCAACUCAAUGCCAAUUAUUUCAACAAUGAA